AUGGAGCGCCAGCCGCCGGCACAGCCAGGGACCCCAUCCAAGCGUUUGCGAAAGCGACCCAUAUCCGAAGACGAGGAUGUUGAUCCCGCAACGCCAACGAAGAAGCCUCGAACGCAGAGAAUUUCACCAAGUACACCAAAAACACCGAGAAUACUAAAGGCGCUACGAACGCUAUCGAAGACCGCAGUGAAGAAAGCCGAGGCAGCGCAGCGUGCAGCGCAGCGACAGCAGUGGAAAGAAGCCUGGACGGAAUGGGUGGCCGAGUCGGCCUGGAUCAAGGAUGAGAGCUACCGCCAGAAGGUCGGCAGCGUGGAGAUUCACCGGACUGAUGCCAAAACCUACUACCGCCUCACGACAGAGGAGUUGAAUACCCUGCCGUACCGGGAGUUCGAGAACGAGCACAACCCUGCUCAGCCAGGGCGAUCCUACGCGCACGAGGGCGUCAAGAUGUUGGUCAGUCGAAAAUACGCUACCCUUGCAGGCCUGCACGACAGCGGUCUGACUGAGCGCGAGCUGCUGCGGCGCGGAGGUAAACUUUUCGAUGAAGCGAAGGCCGACGGACUGAGAAAGAACCCCAAUACCCCAGGACGACCGAAGAUCGGCAAGAUCGUGCGGAUCAAGAAGUACAACGACUCCCCAGCCCGUACCGAGAGACGGCCACCGGGCUCGUGGGAGACUCCGGUCCGGGCGAACGGGAAACUGGUGGGAUACUGGCUCAAUCUGCAGUUCGAUCCCGAGGCCGACGCCGAUGUCCACCUCACGGACGCCGACCGCUUCCGGCCCCUCGACUCCAACGUUUAUGAUAGGCAACGAAACGCCAGUGUCGAUAACCCCAUCCUACAACACUGA